UAUUGCGCCGACCUCGAAGCGGCGUACGCGCUUGUCCUCGAACGUAAUUUGUCAAACCAGUUUAAAAAAUGGACGACGCAAUGUCAACGCCUAUAAAUACGAUAACAAGAGAGAAUUUAACUGUGUUAAUAGCUAAUAAUAUACUAAAUAAUUCAUUGGAAUUCGCUUCGGACUGUGAUAUGAUGGAGACAGAUUCACCGAUAAGGAAGCAGACUGGACAGCCAAUCAGUAAAAAGCUAUUCCAUUCACCCAUGCCAGAGAGCCCUAACGAACCAGCAUUCACUUGGAACAACUCACAACGUACCAGGAAGGCGAAAAAACGAAAACAAAUGCUCAUACCCGAUAACACGGAAAAAAUCAAAAGGGCUUACGUCAAAGAGUGCGAGCAAGACGGCUAUAGCCCCGACGUGCGAGGAGGAAUGAGAAAGAAAGUGUUAAUCAGCCUCUUUCAUAAUAAGGAGUAUUGCAUGGAUUAUACCAGCUGAUUUAGAAUACAUUGCGUAUUUGUUCACGAUGUUAAGUAAAUAUUGAUUAGCGACGAGCAAUGUACGUGUAACGCGGGGUAUUGGUAAACCAAUAUUUUGAGAAGGGUCAUAGUUAGGGCUGCCAUCUCGAAUUUCGCCAAACCCGGACAAUCAUUAAAAAAACCCGGACAUUUGGCGUAAAUCGCAUUUUUCCCCCGAACGAGUACGAUUUUUAAAACAAAUAAU